UUAUUUUUAUUUGUCAGAUAAGGGCAGGUUUUACUACUGCACCGUUUAAUCGAAGUUUACAUUCUUCCUAAAAUUACUCCUUUUGGACAAAGGAGAGAAAGUAGACGAUUUCUAUCGUCUUCACUUUUCCUCUCUCUUUCAUCACUAAUCAUUCUAACUUUCCUUUUUCCUUUCCAAUUUCUUUCCUUGUUUUUUUUUUUUUUUUUGUUUAGCUAUUUUCUUCAUCCAAACCUCGAUUUCAAUUCGUUGCUUCAAUCCUCGAUGUUCAAAUUCUGGGGAUCUCAGGACCAAGAAUCACAAUCUCGUCCACAGGAUGCUCCUUCACAAUCAUGGUACCCUCCCUUUGUAGCCAAUUCCUCAAGUUAUUCUCGACCAUCAACAGCUGGUAGCAAUGCUCCUAGCAGCUAUAAUGUACAGAGACCUUUUGAACGGCCACAGUCUCCUUUGCAUGUCUCACCUGCUGAAGCUGCUGGAAUAAUUUCAUCAUUGAAGGACAAGAGUGCUGAUGAGCUUCGGAAACUUUUGACUGACAAAGAGGCCUACAACCAAUUUUUACUUGCUCUUGAUCAAGUCAAGGCUCAAAAUAAUGUUAGAGAUGAAUUAAAGAAGGAAAUGCUCCAUCUUGCCAGUUCAAAUUUGGACAAAGAGCCACAGAUUGUGGAGCUGAGAAAUCAAUGUAGAAUCAUUCGGACAACUGAGCUAGCUGCAGCCCUGGAGAAACUAAAUGACUUGGAGAAAAAAAAGGAAGAUCUCUUGAAGUGCUACUCUUCAGCAUCUCUUCUGCACAGACUGCAAGAGGAAACGAACAAGACAGAUGAAGAUUCUGAUAACCUUCACAGCCAAUUCCUCGAAAGGGAGAUUGAGCUUGCAGCAUUUGUUCAGAAACACAAAAAACUGCGAUCUUUGUACCAUCGUCGGGCAAUAACAAAUCUUGCCGCUAAGACAUCAUGAGUCCACGAGAUGUGCUAGCCUGCUGGGCUUUGAUGAUGUUUAUUUACAUAGGAGGUGGUAUUUGGGUAUAACUUGCAUGUGCAGAUUUUAUUUGUAAUUGUAUCUUAACAUUUUAUACAUAUUUGACAUACGUCACCAGUUGGUCUAAUGGUAAGGGUUUGACGUCAUGAUUAUGAGUAAUCCCCAUAGGCACUUCAGAGGUGGAAAUCCUUACCAUUCCCCAUCACUUUCAAUGAGUUUGAAUUUAAACAUACACUCAUGUAAAAAGUAAUUUACUAUGUACAAAAUCUAAGCAUACAUCCCUUCCCUACCUUAUAAAAAGUUAAAGAUACUCUUGUAAAUAGUGCAUGGACAUUUAUAUCUCUAAAAAUGUUCUUUUACAUAUUUGCUCC